ACUUCCGGGGCGGCGGGAAGCGGGGGGGGGAGGCCGGUCCGAGAUGGUGCCGAGCGAGGCGUCCGGCGCCGGGCUGCCGGAGGCGGGCGCGGCCAGGAAGCAGCGCGCCUUCGCCCGCAGGAAGGCGUUCUCCCUGUUCGUCAAGGCGAAGGAGGUGCCGGCCGCAGCCCGGUGCCCCGCGGGCGGGGAGGGCGUGCGGUGGCGGUGCUGCCGGCAGGCGUUCGAGGAGCUCUCCGGCAUCCACCGGCAUGUGGCCCUGCAGCACGCCGGGGACAUCGGGCGGCAGGCCGCCGCCGAAGCCAGCCCCCCCCGGGCCGCAGGCGGCGCGGGCGGGCCGCGCCGGCACUCUCGCAGCGGCCCGGAGCUCUCCGCCGCCCUCCCGGACACCAGCCACAUCAGCCACGACGACCUGACGAGCAAGGUGGGAGAAGUACUUCUCUAUUACUGUUACUGUGAGGUGAAGGAUCCAGAGAAACUCUGUGCUUGGCAAAAGGCUCUGUGCCAGCAUCUGCAUCUCACUGGCAAGGUACGAAUUGCUUCAGAAGGGAUUAAUGGUACAGUUGGUGGAAGCAAAGUAGCUACCAGUCUCUACAUUGAAGUUAUGCUUUCGCAGCCUCUGUUCAAAGACAUUUUGUGUCAAGAAGAUUUCAAGAGCAGUGCAGGAGGAGCUCACUGUUUCCCAGACCUUCGAGUUGGAGUGUUCAAAGAAAUUGUACCUAUGGGCAUUGAUCCAAAGAUAGUGUCUUACAAAGAAACUGGAAUCCAUUUAUCCCCUCGGGAAUUUCAUAGAGAAGUAGAACAGUAUUUGUCUCGAGCCAGUCAAGGACAAAGUGAUACCAUCUUGCUGGACUGUAGGAACUUCUAUGAAAGUAAAAUAGGACAUUUCCAGGGUUGUCUGGCUCCAGAUAUCAGGAAGUUCAGCUAUUUUCCCAGCUACAUAGAUGAAAACUUGGAGCUUUUUAAAGACAAGCGUGUUCUGAUGUACUGCACAGGAGGGAUUCGUUGUGAAAGAGGCUCUGCUUACCUACGGAGCAAGGCAGUGUGCAGAGAGGUUUACCAACUAAAAGGUGGAAUUCACAAGUACCUGGAAGAGUUUCCAGAUGGAUUCUACAGGGGGAAGCUGUUUGUCUUUGAUGAUCGUUACGCCAUUUGUUCCAAUGAAGAUAUCAUCUCAGCAUGCAGAUACUGUGGGACACUGUGGGACCAGUAUAAACUUUGUUCCAGUCAGCACUGCCAGCAGCUUGUCCUGACAUGUCCAAGUUGUCGCAACAAAGGUCUUACAGCUUGUUGUCAUGUUUGUCAAGAGAAAGAGCUCAAGGUGACUUCAAGGGCUUCAGGACAGACACUUAAGGAGGAAUGUGAAUGUACAAGGAGGCGGCCAAGGGUACCCAUUGAACAUGUCUUGCAAAGGACACUGAAGGCAGGAAAAGAUUAAGCUGUUUCAUUAGCUAACCUGACACAUGCUAAUGCGAAGGGCUUCUGUAAUCAGAUCCAUGUUACUCAGCUAGGUUUGGAAAUCAUGAAAAUGUAUUGGCUUGGAAAGUCUUCUUCAUACGCUGCCUUUAAGCCUAGAGUAUGCCCUGAAAACCAUCCAUUACUUGACUGUAAAUUACCAGAGUGCCCAACCCAUCACCAGCACUACAGGAUUCUUUUCCCGGGGUACAGUCUUGUAGUGUGGCCUCUACCAUGGGGAUUUUUGAGUAGAGUAUGUGCGACGGGACACAUCUGCUCACAAUUCAAAAGAAACUAAAGGGACAUGAGAACAAUUCCAUUCUCUUCCUCCUGCAUGGAGAUGGAUCUGACUGACCCUCUCCAAUGAUCAUGCAUUCGCUUCAACAGCUAGUGCUAGGGUGUGAAAACAGAUGUAUGUUAGGUGUGGGUAUGUGACUGGAUUAGACCUGAAGGUAUCUUCUACUUACAUGUCAUCUGCCUGCAUCUCUUGCUUUGUGCCAGUAAGAAGCAAGGGGUAGUUACCUGAAGUCACCGACUUGAUUCCUAUGUAGAACUGGCUGAAGGCAGUGUAAGAACCCCUCUUGUAACUGGAGCAAAGGCCCAUAGAUAGUGUCUGCACAGCCAUACUUGUGCAUGACCUGUAGGACAAACAGCAAAAGUAAUCCUCGUUCCAGUGCUCUGUCUCCCUGGGAAUUGUUUCGCUCAACCACAGAAUAUGCAGGGCUGAGCUCUGCUUCCACUGGGAAAAAAAAAGAGCAGCUUGAAGCAUGUUGAAACUGAGACACGCAGAACAGGGAGCACAGAGACUGUCAAAAUACCAGCGUUCUGGCACUGAAAGUGAUGUUGACGUAUGUGCAUAAAUGUCAGCAACAGCCAUAAGGAGAUUGCAAGAUCCUCUAUCCAAGUUAAAUAAUUCAAGAUUUGGGGAGCAUUCGUGAGUUGUAAAGAUGGGUUGAGUUUUUCAAAAGCUGUGAGGUGUUUAUGUGUUUUCCGUCUCCUAUUAGUGGAGAAAUUGUCUUUCAGUUUGAAGGGAUCCACAGCAUGAGCUCAAAAUACUGCUGCUUUGUGUGCCUGAUGCUGUAGAAUGUACAGAAAGGUUUUAUUAAUAGUGUAGAAGAUGUGUCUUGACUGAAAAAUGUCUUUGAAACUUACAGUCAUUCUUGGUACUGAAUAGUAGUUAGUCAUUAUGAAAUCAAAAUCACUGUCCUCCAGGGUGGAGAAGAGCGAGCAAGUGGCUGCUGGCUGGGUUCAAACCGCAACAGUCACUGGUUUGUUGAGCUUUUUUACUGGCAACUGCUUUUAAAAGCAAGUAAACAGUUUACUCAGGUUUCUGCAGUUGCUUAAUGACAGUUAGGGCAAUGUUAUUUUCAUAUGGAUUGUAAUUUUCUCCCACAGUGCUACGAAUUCAGCAAGGCCUCAUUGUUGGCUUGACUGGAACUUAAAGACAUGGGCACUUGUUCAAUUAAAGCCAUGGCAUGCAUUUCUUCUUACUUCCAGUAUUGCUGCUGUGAAAUCAACGGUUCAGCAACAGUAUUUAUGACCCUUCCUUUCAUGAAGCAAAACUCUGAAACUUAUGAAUGUCUCCUUUGUGAAUCUUUCUAGGAUAGUAUUUAAUAGCAAAUCUGUGCACAAUCCAUACUGGAGAAAAAAUUGGAAAAUUUCCAUCAGGAGACCUCUUCAGCAGAAGUCUGAGCAGUACCCGUGGUCCCCUGGCAUCUUGCCUCCCAGGCUUUGCUGGCCAGUUAUCUUCUGUGCGUUUGAGGACUGGAAUAUUUGUAGAAAAACAUACAAGUUCUACUUACAGGCCUGUUGUAGAGCACUGAUGGGAAUGCUCUAACUUGCAUACUAUACUCUCUCUUUUCUUUAUGUAUUAGGCUAAAAAUAAUACAAUUUUAUAAUUCAGCCUAUCAGCAAGUCUGGAACACUAAUCUGUUUGGAAGGCUGUUUCUAUAUCAUGUAUCUGUACAGAAUGGCAACUACUAUAUUUUAUAUGUAAAUUUCUGAAACUCAUAUAUAAACUUUAGUGCUUCCAUCAUAAUUUUUAAAGUACUGCACAAAUACACUUCAUCUGUUACAUUGGAGAUGGUUAAUUCUGCAGAUGUAAAUGCUGAAACCUGCCUAGCUGUCUGCCAUGUGGUAGACCUGGCUAAAAGGUACAAUUCUCCUGAGAGCUCCUGGCAGCUGGAGAUUCUACCUCAAAGGCAGAGGGAAGCCAUGGGGCCUUUUCUGGUCCUUGCUGCAUUAAGGCAAGGGAGGAGAAGGGUUUGAGAGGAACAGAUGGAGGCCCAUAAAGCUGGGUUUCCUCUGCUGUAGGGGGGGGGGGGGGGGUAAGAGACAUCUUAGCCUCCCUUUUGCAAGUUAUCCCAGAAGCAGCUUUUCUGGAUUCUGGAUUAUUUUUGUCAGAUUUAUACAGAUAAGGACUUGCUGUGUGAAAUGCUGUGUGCUGGGAUCCAGGUACCUCAGUGGUAAUGCCUGAGAGAGGGCACAUUAGCUCCCGGAGAGGUGAGUUAAGUAGGAUUGGCUGUGACUGCCAGAUGCUGCCGUCAGCAGAUGGCUUUUUCCUCUUUUCCUAAAGAGCUGCUGGGACAAACAGUGAUCCCUUUUCUCCUAAAUAUCACUGUUUUGUAGCUCCAUCACUGCACAGCUUGAUGCCUUUCACCGCAAAGCCUGAUGCUUCUCAGUACAGCGUGUCACUGCUGCACAGCUCUUGGCUCUCACAUGCAUCUUUCAUCAAAGCAGCUCUGUAAGGAUCAGCUGAGGAACCUGGAGUGACCCUGCCAGCUUAAUGUCUGUUUGGGCUGCAUGAUUAAUUUGGAUUCUGCUGCAGUGAAACGCAGGACAAAGCUCUUGCCUUUUUUUUUUUUUUUUUUUUUAGUUUUAAGGGCUUUUUUUUUCUUCAUUCAGGAAAAUAUGCAGUUGUUGUAUUCAUGGUAGUGCUUCCUGCUCUGCAGAUGCAUCUCCUUGCAUGCCUGGGUUUCUUAGCGCCAUCGGAAUUUCCCAGGAUAAAAUUCAUUUAUGUUCGGAGUUCAGCGGAGGAGCUGAGCCUUUACCUUGCAAAUCUGAACAGAUGGCUCAGCUGAAACUGUGGCUUUGGUUUGAUGAUUUAGCUGACUGUUCUGAAGUCUUUGCAGUGCAUAUGGAAGAAAGAGGCUGUCUGCCAGUUUUGGGGUUUUUAGUAUGUCUUCAGGUAUUUUUUGUUCUGUAUUCUUUUCACUUUCUGAUAUGGAACUUCCAGGGUUGGGGGAAGAAGCUCUAGUGAAGCGUUUUGUUUGAUACCACUGGCGCAUUUAUUAAGAUUUGAAGAGCAACAAAUGUUUCCCACAUUGCUGAAAGUAUAGUGUUUCUUUGCUUUGCUGGUCAGAGCUAAAUUGUGGGUGGUAUUUGCACACAAGCUCUGAAGAAAUCUGUGGGACUUUUGCUGGAGUAUGUGUAAAAGGCUGCAAAACUUCACUCUUGACAGACGUGUACAGACAGAUUUCUAGCAAUUGAGAACGUUUUCUAGGACAUGUUGUCAUUAGACCAAGAAUAAGGCUUCAGUAGAGCAGUGCUUCUGCCAGGAGAGUCCUCCUACCAAGCAGGAUCCCACCCACGUUAAUAGCAGGAGUUUUUGAUGGAAUAGUGCUGGGUACAACCCACUGCAUAUCUGGGAGCCACACAAGCCCGUGGGGAAUUCCUCCCAGACUAGAUGAUGGGUAGUAGGCUGCCUGACAAAAGCCGUCGGACUGUACACAGUGUAAGUUCAGAGUUGGGGUAUUUCACUUGACAGUUUUUCUAGGGCACAUUUAUUGUUGCAUUUAUGCAGACAGUAAAAGAAACACUCCCUAGCAGAACAAAAUUUAAUUAAUGGGUGUGGUCAUCUAGACAAUACAGCAAAGAAAGAGAUCCAUUGGAUAUCUGGACACAUGCUUUUAACAUUAGGAAACUAAAGGGAGUGGGGAUUAGAAGGGAGGGCCCUGGUUUACCAAUUGGUUUGGCCAUCUCUGGGUGGUUAGGAUUUGAAUUGCAUCUGUGAAGGUGACGGUUUCCUUCAGACAUGCACAGGACAGAAAGAUAUUAACCCAUCCUAAACUGCUCAGUUUUUGAGACUGUUUUAUAAUUGGUGGCCUUUAAGUUCCAUUUAAUCAGAGGGUGGAGAUCAUUUUU